CGUAGCAUAAACAUUCAUGGUGACGCGUUGCCGUGCAGGAGCGUCGUGCGUAUGUGUGUGCGUGUGUGCAGUUAGGGACCGCAGGAAUACGCAAUUACUCCCUGAAGGGAUCUAUGAAUCCUUGUUGGAGUAGGAGGAAGAAAGAGAAGAGAAGUGGUGCGCAUAUUCACGCGGAAGCAAAGUUUGAGGAAGAUCCUUUCGGUUGAUGUUUUGGAAGAAAAUUUCCCUUCGCGAAAUGAUCUCGUGACACGCGCAAAAAUAGAAACCUUAGUCACGCGUCGUCGAACCGGUGAGUUCUGAAGUGCAGCGCGGAUCGCGAAUUGCGGUAUAUUAAUAGUGCAUCGGCUCUGUAACUAUUGCUAUGGCUGCUGCUAAUGAUUUAAUUACGGGAAGAGAUUAGUGCAAUGCGCUGAAUCCCUCAGACACACUACAGGAGAUGUCUGUGAGUGAGUCAGUCACUUGGCCGGACGAGUAGCUCGAAGCGUAGCCCGAGUUUCCGAGAACCGUUCCGGAUAGUGAAUCUGGCAUAAAUUUAUGCUUUCUUGACAUGAGAUAGUGGUCGAAACGAAAAGGGAACAAAUUCGAAGGAAUCCCAUUCACAGCAUCCGUUUUUUGUAUCCUUCGUUCCGUGUCUCUGCGCCUGGAUCGAACGAGAAAAGGCAAAAUCAACACUAUCAGGCGUCGGAUUCAAGGCUGCGUGAGUCCCUCCGGGGAUGAGAUCGAUGGUGUUCAAAUAAAACACGCCCGAUUUGGUUUGGGCGAGGUGUAAUCUCGGGUGUUCAUAGAGGACUCCCGUUGAGUCCGAUAUUUUUUUGUUGUGGUUGUCUGGCGCAAGCAGCGAAAUAGAAUCCCAUAAAUCAACGGCUUUGAAUUAUUUGUAUUACCAUUUAUGCUGCUUAUUUGGCGAUUUCUGAGUGUUAGAAUUUGCGUCUUCGACUGAACAGCGCAGAGUGAAGAUUUAAGUCACGCGAAUCAUAAAACACACCCCCAGCGCAAGACGGGGUGGCGUCGAGGUGCCGAAUGCUUUCAUAUCUCUGCCGCGGAUUAAUGUUGUUACAUCAUUGCUCGGCAAUUGAAGAAAAUUGUAUGAAAAUUGUAUAAUACCAAGCGCGAAGUGUACGAGUGUGUGCGUGUGUGCAUUUUAAGGUGCUCAUUUCGGCGCGUCUUGUUAUGUCUGAUAAAAGCCAAACGCCCGCUUCCACCCUCCGCGUCCAUAACCAUCAUCAUCAGGUGCGCUCAAAUUGGAAAGGUGUUAAUGAAGAAAUUUUGUAAUCAUCUUGUUUUAAGUGAUUGACCCCAAAGGAGACUUCGGAUGUAGGUCAAACCGCCACACAAAUGGUGCGAAUUCCCUUAGCUGGUGAGUGCGGCACUUGGGCGAUAUUUGAUGAUAAUUAGCCCUUGAAUCAGCAUCAAAUCGAAAAAGGUAUUCAACGUUUUAUUCACUGAUGCGAACCAAUAUUUAGAGGAGAAAUUUCAGCCAAUCCGGUCAAUAUUAAUCGAACAGACAUCCUCCUUCGAGGAACCACACAGGAAAAGUGGGAACGUACGGAAGCAUAAUUUAGUUAACAUAUUCCUACCAAUUGCCACUACAAGACAAAGGGUAGAGCCGUGGCAAAUUAUGUGAGAAAAACGACAAUUAUCAACACGUGUGUUUACGCUUCAUGCACAUGUUAGAAUGGAAAACUCUUCAAGUACAACCGACAAUGUUAUAAAUGAAAACUAGAAAAGUAACGUGCAAACGCGCGCCCGUUUCCGAAAACGUAUUCUGGCCAGCAGCCAACAAGAGAGCAUCAAACUUGGUGUGGUGAUAAUUAGAUGAAUGAAAUAGGAAACAUACAGCAUUGAAAAGGGGAAAAGGAUAGCGGUGAAGUGUGGAAAAAAAUUAUCCAAAAAUAAAUUGUGGGUAAGCAGGAAAGAGGAGCAACAUCGGCAGCGGCGCAGUGAAAGCAAAGUGUAGAGUUCAAAGGCACGAAUCGAACUAAAUCGAAUGUGCUAAUGGUGAAAUUCGAAAAUUGAAAAUAGUGUUAUUCACUGGAGUGAAAGUGAUUUGGUUUUUUUUUUUCUCGAGUGAUAAAUGAGCUUUGGCUGGAUCGGGUCGAGAACAAGUGAUCGAGUUUUUUUUCCGGACGAACGAUGGAUACCCGCUUUACGGUACUGCUAAUCGUUGGGAUAGCGCUUUGCCCGCGUUCAACAGCCCAACUGCGGACGCCCCGAAUAACGGAACACCCGAGCGAUGUCCUGGUGCCCAAAAACGAUCCCGUUACGCUCAACUGCAAGGCCGAGGGUAAACCGGAACCGAAAAUUGUGUGGUACAAGGAUGGAGAACCAGUGAAAUUCACGCCCAACCACGUCCUGUUACCGUCUGGAUCGUUGUUUUUCCUGAGGACUGUCCACAGUAAAAAGGAGCAGGAUGGUGGCGUUUACUGGUGCGUGGCUACCAAUGCGGCCGGAACGGUGCAGAGCCGAAACGCAACGUUGCAGAUUGCAGUGCUUCGUGACGAGUUUCGAGUCGAGCCGAAAGACACCCGGGUGGCCGCCGGUGAGACCGCCCUGCUGGAGUGUGGAGCUCCUAAGGGCAACCCGGAGCCGACAAUCAGCUGGAAGAAGGACGAAAUUAUGCUCGACUUGGAUGACUUUCGUUCGAACAAGGAACUGGCCCGGGUUCGGAUCGUCGAUGGGGGAAAUCUGCUGAUUAGUGACGUUCGCCCAACGGACGAAGGCCGCUAUCAAUGCUCUGCACAAAAUAUGGUUGGCUCCAGGGAGAGUGCCUCCGCUAAAUUAACCGUACAAGUGAAACCGUAUUUCAUGAGCGAGCCGACGGACAUCACGGUGCUGGUUGGCCAGCGAGUGCAAUUCCAGUGCACCAUCGGGGGCGAUCCACAUCCGCAGAUCCUGUGGAAAAAGGAAAACGGCCACAUCCCGGUUGGGAGGGCGGAGAUUCUGGAAGAGGACCGCAGCUUGGUGAUCAAAAAUGUCGCCCAGGAUGAUCAGGGGAUGUACAUCUGCGAGGCGCACAAUUCGGUCGGGCAGAUAAGUGCCAAGGCGCAUCUGGUAGUGAACUCACCCCCAACGUUCAUCAUUAAACCUCAAGAUCAGCGCACAAAUCUCAAUGGAGUGGCCACUUUCAAGUGUACAGCCUCGGGCCAACCUCCUCCAUCGGUUUUCUGGACCAAGGAAGGCUCCCAAACGUUGAUGUUCCCGAACAAUACCUACGGGAAUAUACACAUUUCGAGCCAGGGCUCGCUCCAGAUCCGUGGUGCCCAGAAGGAUGACGAUGGGUACUUCAUAUGCUCGGCUCUCAGUGUGGCCGGUUCCACAACUAGUCGAGCUUACCUACAGGUUACCACCUCCUUCGACAACAGUCCACCCCCGCUGUUGCAGGUGGUUCCAUCCAAUCAAACGCUCCCCCGAGGCAGCAUCGCUAUGCUGCCCUGUCGCGGCUCGGGACCAUCCAGUCCGAAAAUCUACUGGAGGAAGAAUGCCACCGAUAUAACGGCACUAGGGUCGCGCUUUGCUAUCAUACAAGGAGGGACGCUGGAAAUUGAUGACCUACAACCCGAGGACACUGAUUGGUAUACAUGCGUAGCAUAUUCCGAGAAAGGAGAAACCGCCUGGAGCGCCUAUCUGACGGUCGAGAAGGAUCUAUCGGGGAUGCUACAUCGGUCGCACAAUGCAGAUCUGUUGCCGGCGGCGCCAUCGAUGCCAAAAGCCGUCAACAUCACCAACAGUAACGUGACGCUGGUGUGGUCCAAGGGUGCUGCCGGGCAGGACAAACUACGAAGUAACGCGGUCGCCGGCUACACGGUGGAAUACUACAGCCCGGACGAGAAGAGUGGAUGGGUUCGAGCGAUUAGUCGGGUGACGGGAAACACAGCGACGAUAACCAGCCUCUCGCCGUCGACUUCCUACAUCUUCGUGGUUAGGGCGGAAAACGCUCAGGGCUACUCCGCCCCUUCGCCGCUGUCCAACGUGAUCCGUACGCUAUCCGGCGACGAUGGCGUCACGAUGCCGGAAGAGCUGGAAGCCGCCCGGAUGGUCCUCAACGGCAAGAUUCUGGAACUGGUGGAUUUGGUCGCCAUGAGCUCAACCUCGGUUCGGCUCGAGUGGCAGCUGCACAUCUCCAGCACCGAGGAGUACAUCGAGGGACUGUACGUGCGCUACCGGGACUUGGGAUCCAGCUCGCAGAAGUACAGCAUGUUGACGAUACCGAACAAUGCCGCCGAAACGCACAUCAUCACCAACUUGAACAAGUACACCCGUUACGAGUUCUUCCUGACGCCGUACUUUAAAAACGUGGAGGGUCAACCGAGCAACUCGAAGGUGGUGCAGACAAUGGAGGAUGCCCCAACGGCGGCACCGAUCAACAUUCAAACGGGAAUGUUGAAUCUAACGGCCGGCUGGGUCAAGUGGUCACCGCCACCGGCCGAGCACCAGAACGGGGUGCUGCUGGGGUACAAGAUACAGGUUAAAUCCGGUAACUCAUCGAAAACUCUCGCGUCGAUGACGCUCAAUGCUACAACGACUUCAGUGAUGCUGAACAAUCUUACCACGGGAGCAACCUAUCGCGCCCAAAUAGUGGCAUAUAACCGAGUCGGAGCAGGCCCUUAUUCUAAACCUGCCUACCUAAUAAUGGACCCAGCCCACGUUAUAGCACCUCCCCGGGCGCACAAUUCGCUUAGCGACAUCGGAGGCUAUCGGCACCAGAACUUCAUGCACGAAACCUGGUUUAUGAUCUUUGUAGUUCUGGCACUGUUGAUCAUUUUGACCUUCACUGUUGUUGGGGUGAUCGUGUUCCUUAAGAAGCGACAGAAUAUGAGCAAAGCCAUUGUGACGGUUCCGGUUAUCACAAACGGUGAUUUGGCCAGCAUGAAUAUUACAAGGAAGGAUUGUUUGUGGAUAGAUCGUGGAUGGAGAUCUGCUGACACGGACAAAGAUUCAGGGUUAAGCGAGAUGAAAUUGUUGGCCAGUUCACAGAAUCCAUCCAACUAUACCGACGUUGGGACAGAUUAUGCCGAAGUUGACCCCAGAAGUAUCACUUCGUUUUAUAACUGCAGGAAGUCACCCGACAAUCCAUCACCAUACGCCACCACCAUGAUCAUGAACGGUAUUCCGAGCGAAAACGGAAAAAUACCAUACCCGGGAAGUGCCGUUAGUCACGAGGCUUAUUCCUCGACAGCCUCCAGUGCUCGUUCUGAAAUACCCUAUGGACCGGGCCAUCCAAAACCGUUCACCAUGCCUUACAAUGCUGCACCCUCUAACUGGAUAGAUUUCCUACCCCCUCCACCGGAGCAUCCGCCACCCAUUCCACAAGCCUUAGAACACCAUCUGCAUCUGAACCACGUGUAUCCGUCGGAGCUGGUCGGAACGACAACCAGUUCCCAAGGUUCGCGCUGUGGUUCAGGCCUGUCCGGCAGUCACAAUGCUCAUCACUCAUAUCAAUACGUAGAUCCGUCACUGCUCGGACGCGGCUCCUCCCGGAGCAGUAGCAACGAGCUGCGAAGUCCUCCUGGCCAACCGCAACCACCGACCCAUCUGUUCCUGCAUCACAGCCAUCAGCUCCCACCGCCGUCAACGCAUUCGGUUUCCGCGCUAGCCAACGACACCAAUCCCAGUGAGGUGUACUUCAACGAUGAAAUCUACAACAGUCCCGUGAAAAGCUUCGAUCAGCCGUCGAUGCUUCCCUUCAAAAUGCCCAGCUCCUCGUCGGCGUCCUCCAUCUCGUGCUGUCCCUCGAAUCAAUCCCGUGGAAGCCACGGCGGGAUGAGCAGCGGGAUGAAGACGCAAGAUUUUUUCGACUACCAACAGCAGCAGCAGCAACACCAGCUCGGCCACCUGACGCCCUCGGAGCUGCAUAUCCAUAACCAGAAACGAUUAUGCGGCAGCUGCGAUGGCAUCGCCAUGCCACCGAUGAAGGCGAUCCCCUACUCGCAGAUCAACGGUGUCAACGGUGACCCGCACUAUCCUAUUCAUCACCAUCUCGGGCAGUUGCAUAACGGCCAAAGUGGAGUCAGCAACGGAAGUUCUAACGGUGGCGGAGAGCGGGAACACAUCACCAGCUUCAACAACACCUGUUCCUCCGAUGGUUCCACAAGUGGUGCGAGCAGCGGCAGCGGUGGUUUCUCCCAGCGACCCAGAUUCGUCCGCAAAGUGCAUGUAAAUAUGGAGAAUGCCAUCAACGGCAACUAUCAUCAAUAUCACAAUCAACAUAAUCAUCAAAACGAACAUCAUCACCAUCAUCAACAGCAGCAGCAGCAGCAUCAGGAGGCGAUCAGCGAACACGAUGAGACUGAAAACGACAAAAUGCUUAAUAGUUUUAAUGGUGACACCGAAAACGAGGCCACGGUUAGCAACGGCGUUAGCCACCAGGACGAAGACGAUGACACCUGCUGCUCGUGCAGUGAUGGCUCCUAUCUGUACGAGGAGCCCAUUCAGGUGAAAUGAGACACAGAGUGGGAGUGCUUGCGAGCGGAUAACCCAGGUAACUAUUCGAGUUUAGAUUUUCGGUACUAAUUUAUUGGUAGUAGCGUAGAAGAGACCCCCACAUAAGCAUUAUUAUGUAUCAGCGAAAGAUAUUAAAUAUCAGAGAGCAUUGCUUAUUAAAUCAACGCGAAAAACAACGGUCAUGAAAGGAACGUGAGUGGAGCGAAUAUUCCGCUGAAACCGGAAACUGGAAUCAUUUCAAUGUUAGUUUAGUAUUCCGCUCUUUCGAUGGGCAACUAUUAAAUUGCCGCGUGGCAGUGAAUACCAAUGCUUCGACACUGCACAUAGUGAUAAAAAAUAAAACGUUGCCUCCACUGCGAGAGAUGUUAUCGGCAUACCAGAGCUCGAAACCGUCUGAUGGAGUCUAUCUUCUGUGUGCUUUAUACAGUUGGUGGGAACUGAAUUGGCUCCUAGCUCCAACUGUAUUCCAUCCAGUGGAACCACUUUUCGGGAUAAAAGACACGUAACAGAGUCGCAUUUGUCAAACACGUUUUGCAUACCGAAACAGAUCACCUUCCAUAUCUUCCACUCACCCGUGGUGAAAUACGAUUCAACUGAAAACGUAGCUUUCAUCUUCACAAGAUCUCGCUCAAAAUUAUAGCAUUAAUGGCGAGUGCUUUGGAUUGUAGCUUAAAUUCGGUUUUGUGACCGUGAUGCUUUCAUUUUAUCAGGGCUCGCGAGAUGAACAUCCAAAUUAAAAUUUGAUCCAAAACCACAAAAUUACUGUUUCCAAUUUCAUCCUUUUCAUGUCCGCUUCAAUGAGUGGGAAAACAUACAAUUAUGUAUUCGAAAACAGAAGAUGAGCAAUAGCAGAAUGUAAUGCAAGAGAAUAAUUAAUUUAUCAUAUUCGAGAAAAAACAAUAACUUAAUUACGUUCAUUAACGUUUGUGUCCUGUCUGUCCCAAUAGAGUAAAGAAACGCGAAAACAAGCGAAUCAAAAACAACAGUCGGAAUCAUCAUGUACAUUGUAUUGAACCUGUGAUAUUGUUUAAUGUGAUAAGCCCCACAUUUAUUGUGUAAUUAACAGAUAACGGAUUUUUUUGUUCGCAUCGAUGAUUAUCGACUCUCUAUCUCAUUCGUUUUUAUCGCCACAUUUUAGUUUUUACUCUGGGUUGUAAUCCUAUAUAUCCUGAAUCUAUUCCAGCAAAAAUCUCGAGCGAAACAUUUUAGGACUAAGUUACAGUAGUUCAAUUUCAAUUCGGCUUUGAAAAUGACAAUUUGUGUAAAUACCGACGGCUGUAAAUAGUGAAUCACGCGAAACUAUAAUUCCUAUCAACUUGUAAUGCGGUAGUCUCGUUUCAUAACGACAUCUCCAAACGCAACAAAUAUCAUUUCAGUGUAAUUCAACAAUCAAACUAUUGUAAAAUGAAAAUCGCAACGAACAAAUACUUGAACGAAUUAUUGCGUCAUGUAAACCAUCGGAAAGUUAAAAUCAUUUUAUACAGUUUUUAUAUAUGAAACAAUCAGAAAAACACACAUAAAAUACACACUCACAGUAGAUCGUAAAUCCUGAUGACAAAAUAGGUCAGAAGCAAAGGCGCUGACUCAAAACUAAUCAAUCAGCAAUGUAGUCACUAAGUAUCACAUUUAGCAAAUAAAUAAUGCAUCAUCAUCAUCAUCGCCAACAAAGUAAUCAUAGUCAAUCAUUGAACUUUGGUAGAGAAUCAUAAGUGUAGUAAUGUAUAAAAGGACACAACAAAAAUAAUUGCCAUCAUAUUCACGAUUUUCGAGCAUCAUUAUAGCAACAUAACGAAUCUAGUGUGAGAAAAAACAUUUGUAACGAAUUAUGAUGGGAAUGUAGCACUGCGCAACACUAAUCUUUAGGAGUAUUCAAUGAUACGAAGAAGCGCAAUUUUACAUUUAUACUCAAGAAAAAAAAACUAAUAAAAAACAAUCGAACAAGUCGAUGAACUGUAGGAAAUUCUCAUCAAUCGAAAGUGGGUGAAAUGAGACAUUUUGUAUAAUAUACACUCCAUUGAGUGCGAGAUUUCACAAUGCAAGAAAAGGAAAGAAAUUGUGCGCGAAUGUGUAAAU